AUGUCGACGACGACUGUCACUGAACUCCGUACAAUUCUCAAGUCGCAGCCACAAUUGCCGCCGACUGACACGGACAACCAAGAACACCAACUGGACGAAGGCCCGUCCACACCGGGGCCCGAAGCUACCAAUGUUGCUACUGCCGUCCCAGAUGGAGGGUACGGAUGGGUCGUCGUUACUGUCUGUGCCCUUCUGACCUUCUGGUUCAACGGCAUUAUGGCUAGCUGGGGUGUUCUGCAAGCCGCGCUUCUGCGGUCAAACCUCAAGACAACAUCGACUUCGACCAUAUCUUUUGUGGGCACACUCGGCCUUGCCACCGUGGUGGCUUUUGGUCUGUUCGGAGUGCGUGUGAUGCGACUCCUCGGCGCCCGGCUCACAGCUCUGGUCGGCGUCGUCCUCCUUGCCAGCGCCGAGAUCUGCUCCAGCUUCACGCUAUCCAAUGUGGGCGGCCUUUUCGCGACAUCGGGAGUCUUGUUCGGCUCCGGCGCUUGUCUCUGCUACGCUCUGUCCAACACGGUCCCGACGCAGUACUUCGCGAACAAGUUGGGGCUGGCCUCCGGUCUGAUCAAGUUCGGUGGCGGCUUAGGUGCGGCGGUGCUCAGUAUCGCGCUCGACGCAGUGACCAAGAAAGUGGGCAUAGCAUGGGCGUUUCGGAUCCUGGGACUCUGCAUUCUGGGCACGGGGGGGCCGGCGGCUUGGUUUCUCCGUGAACGAGUCCCCAUCGGCCGGGCGCCUUUCCUUGAUCUGUCCAUGUUCAAGCAUCUGCCUUUCACGGCCGUCUUCUGUGCCGGCGCAAUCGGGACCUUUUCAUUGUUCGUCCCUCCUUAUUUUCUCCCGCUGGUCGCUCAGACCAUCGGUCUCAGCUCUGCCACGGGUGCGUGGCUGGUAGCUGGAUUCAACGGCUGCACUGCGAUCGGGCGGCUACUGUCUGGCUAUGCCAGCGACGUUAUCGGGCCUGUCAACAUGUUUCUGUGCACCAUGGUCCUGAACGCAGUCAGUAUGCUGGCCAUCUGGCCUUUCUCGGACUCGAUCGGUCCGUUGAUCGUUUUCGCCAUGAUCAACGGUCUUGCGAACGGUGCAUUCUUCACGCUGUUUCCCGUCGUCGUGAUGAGCACGGCGUCUAAGCUGGAUGGCCAGAGCAGCCGUGCGGCAGUCGCCAUGAGCAUGAGCAUUACGGGUUGGACUGGUGGGUAUCUUCUUGGUGCUCCCAUUGCGGGUUAUAUUCUUCAGGCCGCAGGUGUGGGUGCAGGAGCCUUUUCCGAAAGCAGUACAGCAGACAAAGCAGAGAUCCCAACCUCAAUUGAUCCAUAUCGUCCUGCCAUUUUCUAUGCCGGGGGCGUGGCGUUGGCCGCCGCGGGAUUUGUACUCAUUGCACGGCUGAAGCUGGGUCAGGGCAUGAAGCAGAAAGUCUGA